UGUGACUCCCAGGCUGUCAGAGUCGCGGAGUUACUCGGGGGUCCUUAGUCCAGGGAAACCGUCUCUCGCUGCAUUCUCAGUGGCCGUGGAGCGCUUCCCCCGGCGGGUGGAAGUGCAGAACCGAAAGUGCGAGAUGAGCACCAUGUUCGCGGACACGCUGCUCAUCGUUUUUAUCUCCGUGUGCACGGCUCUUCUCGCCGAGGGCAUCACCUGGGUCCUGGUGUACAGGACAGACAAGUACAAGAGAUUGAAGGCGGAAGUGGAAAAGCAGAGUAAAAAACUGGAAAAGAAGAAGGAAACAAUCACCGAGUCAGCGGGCCGGCAGCAGAAGAAGAAGAUAGAGAGGCAGGAGGAGAGACUGAAGAACAACAACCGAGACCUGUCCAUGGUCCGCAUGAAGUCCAUGUUCGCCAUCGGCUUCUGCUUCACCGCCCUGAUGGGGAUGUUCAACUCCAUAUUUGAUGGCCGAGUGGUGGCCAAGCUGCCCUUCACCCCGCUGUCCUAUAUCCAGGGCCUGUCGCACCGGAACCUGCUGGGGGACGACAGCACCGACUGCUCCUUCAUCUUCCUGUACAUCCUCUGCACCAUGUCCAUCCGGCAGAACAUCCAGAAGAUCCUGGGCCUUGCCCCUUCUCGAGCUGCCACCAAGCAGGCUGGCGGGUUCCUGGGCCCCCCGCCCCCCUCUGGGAAGUUCUCCUGAGGCCGAGAAGAACCCUGUAGUUCCCACCACUUUUACAGGUGCUCAGAGGAGACCAGCAGCUGUUUCCUAGCCAAGCCAUAAGCAGCCUCCACACUCGGGCCACUUUUCUAGUCCUGUUCUGGGGCAUUGGGGAUGGGAUUUGAAUGAGAGCAGCACCGGCAGACUCAGUGCGCUGGGGCCCAGGGCCAGGCCUCCAAUCAGCGAGUUGAUCAGAGAAGUCCCGGCGCCGCUGCUGCCGUGCACACCUGCCCGCUCGCUCACGUGGCCCCUCUCCAUGGCUCCGAGGCUCUGUGAGCCUGCAGGCCGGUCCUCCCCGAGCACCCAGCAGGUGGGAAGACAAGCACACUUUCCUCUGGUUAGCGACUCAAUUGGAACUGAUUGUCCUCUGUGGUUUUUAAACAUGGGACCUGCAAUCAAUAAAGAGGCCAAAACUGUCGCUGUCUCACCUGCAGGGAGAGAGCUGUGUUGUUCUGCCGCCUUUGUUCAUA